GGUAUUUGUAAAUGUGGGCACGCUGCCGCUCUCACUGCAUUUUCAGCAGCUGCUGCAGGAGCUCGCUCUGUAGAGAAGGGGCUGAUUGAUUAGUUUCUAACGGGAGCGUGAGAAAAGACUUGCAAUGGAGGAGAAGGGUGCAGACGCAGAAGUUAUAAUCGUAGAGGCGGCCCCCCAAGCCCCCCCUAGGGAGGCACCCCAAUCUGAGGAGCCCCCGACAAAGAAGCCCAAGUUCAAGAACCCCAAGCUUCUGAAGACAAACACGGAAGGCCUCACUGCGGGGGGUCGUUUGCCAGGCACUCCAAGGACCCCCCGGAUUGCGCGAGAGGUGUCGCCCUCGAACGCGCUCCUGAAUUUGUCGGCGCGGCAAUUGGCGAAGAAAGAGCAGGAGGCUGUGAAAGAGGAGGAAAGAAGGAAGCGGGCGGAGAAUGAAGAAGCUGUGAAAGCCCAGCGCAAGGCCGCCCGUCAGGCAGCUUUGGAACACAAGGAAGAGGAGACGCGCUCUGCCGAGGAGCUGGCAAAUCAGGUGGUGUGGGCGAAGCUCAGCACAUACCCCUGGUGGCCCGCGCAGAUCGUCGAUCCUAGCAGCGUGCACGCGCGGUUUACGGAAGGCCGGAAGUCAGACAACGAGGUGCUCGCCCGCUUCUUCGGGACCUACGACUACGGGUGGGUGGACCGGCGAACGAACGUGUCGGAUCUGGAUCACAAGUUCAAGGACCGACAGAAGCUCACCAAAAAGAAACAGUUCCUCAAGGCGCUCGAAGAGGCUGAGGAGUGCCGGAAGACCGGAGCUCUACCGGAGGCCUGGACUGCCCCGUUUGAGGAGCCGGAAGCAGAGGAGGAGAUGCAUAUAGAGGAGCCGCCAGAGGCAAACGGUCACGUAGAAGAGGCGUCGCCGCCUGAGGCAAUGGCGGCAAAGGAGCGGAAACGGAAAGGCAAGGCACAUGCGGUGGAGGACAAGCCGAAAGCCGAACGCCGGGCCCGGCAGCUGCGCGUGAUGCGGCACCUAGGAUUAGUACCACCGGAAGGAUCGCCGUUUACGCACGAGUCCGGCUUAGCGGCAGCAGUACGUUAAAGAUGCGGAAAGUGUUCGUGGAAUCUUGCGGUCAUGACGGAAAGAGUCUUGUUGCGGAUUACCAAUCGAAAGGGAAGUCACAAGGCAAUCACCUUUUACAACAUUUGACGACUUGAUUGUGAAGGAAAAGCGGGCCUCCGUAAAUACGAUGCUGUGCGCGCCUAGUGUCUUUAGUUCAACUGAUAAGAUGUCUGCCAACUAAGACGAGCAACGCUCUGCUACUGCGCCUGACCCUCUGAUUGACGUAGAUUGCCCAAGGGUUGAGCAACGAACGGGUCUGUCAUUUGGUCUGAAUCCGUGAGUAGAAAGUGACAGAUUGAUAUUGGUUGGUGUAAUUCAUAUACAUGACUCUGCUAGCAGAUAUACAUAGCAAGGACAACCGCCAAAAGCCAGCUUUGCUUCCAAGUCUAGUGUCAAGUUGCUGGCAGGGAAGUUCGACGGAGAAACUUCAACUAGCUUGAUUUCAGCGGAGCACUAUAUUAAAACGCUAGCAAUGCGGCAAGUUGAGCCAGCCGCCAGGCCCAAGGUGACAACCGUUGAACAUGUUGGACUGGCAGGCUGCAGUGCAUGCUAGCUGUGAAUUGAGCAUGGGACACAUGUUUGCGCACCAAGAUCAAAAAUAUUAUACUAGAAAUUGCACUCUGA